AUGUACAAGCCAGCAGCAUAUUGCUUGAUGUCAAUUUUGAAGUGCGGCAAACUGGGAAUAAGUGCAUCCGGUGAUGCCAAUCUCGAAUGGUUGCAAAGCACACUGCUUCAGAACAAUAUAUAUGAUAAAGAACCGGUAAUAAACAUUGUGGAUCCAUCACUAAUCAUAGAUGAGGAUCUGUUGGAGGAAGUAUGGGCGGUGGCUAUUGUUGUUCAAUCUUGCCUCAAUCAGAACCUUUCAAGGCGGCCAGUUAUUCAAUAUGUACUUAAAAGAUCUGGAAAAUCCUUUAAAGGUGAUAAGGGGGUGAAGGACCGGAAGAAAUGCUGA